CUGGGCAUUGAAUCUUCAUGUGACGAAACAGCUUGCGCCUUAUAUGACGACCAAAACGGUUUACUUGCUCAUACUCUUUUUUCGCAAGCCCAAAUGCAUGCCUCUUAUGGCGGUGUUGUCCCCGAAUUGGCCGCUAGAGAUCAUAUCAGACGCUUUAUCCCACUCCUCGAGGAAUGCUUACAUGUUGCCCAUCGAAACUUGGAUGACAUUGAUAUCAUUGCCUAUACCAGUGGCCCAGGUUUGGCAGGUGCGUUAUUAACAGGUGCUGCAUUUGCAACAAGUCUUGCUUUUGCACUUGGUAAGCCAACCGUUUGUGUUCAUCAUCUUGAAGGGCAUUUAUUAUCGCCUUUUUUGGCAGAUCCCAUGCCAAAUUGGCCUUUCUUAGCCUUACUCAUUUCUGGUGGUCACACGCAGCUGAUUGCUGCACACAACUUAAACCAAUAUGAACUUAUUGGUGACACUUUGGAUGAUGCACUUGGAGAGGCAUUUGAUAAAACAGCAAAAAUGCUUGGACUGGGUUAUCCUGGAGGCCCUGCAUUGUCAGCACUUGCAGAACAAGGUGUGGGAGGACAGUUUAAGCUCCCGAGACCGUUAAUUGCGCAUGACAACUUAAAUUUUUCAUUCGCAGGGCUAAAAACAUCCAUUCAUACACAGAUCAGGCGAUACGAAGCAGACCAUGGAUCAAUGGACAUGCAAACCAAGGCUAAUCUUGCUCGUGAUUUUGUUGAUACGAUCGUCGCUGUUGUCACACGAAAAAUCAAGGGGGCACUCGAAAAAACACAAUUAAAAAACCUAGUAGUCGCAGGCGGUGUAUCCGCCAACCAUCAAUUACGCCAAGCCAUUACGCAGUUAGCAAAACAGCAAAAUGUCCAGGUUUUUUUUCCUCCACUGGCAUUAUCAACAGACAAUGCAGCGAUGAUCGCCUUAACAGCCUGUUACCGAUUGCAAGCCCAACAAGAUGUUGGACAGGUGGAUUACACCAUCAGCAUAAAACCUCCGAUAGCUCAACAGCUGCCUGAAGAAAAUCUACUGUAUUUAGCGGAUUCCCGCUUUGCUCCAUACGGUGAGAAACCCACUGAAUGGAUCAUUGCACGUACUUUACAGAUAGCAAAGUGGCUGAUCAACACACCUUGCAAAAUGAUUGUUAUUGCCUGCAAUACGGCAACAGCACAUGCCGUUCAAGCCGUGCGAGAUGAUUUUCCUAUUGCCGUCGUGGGGAUUGAACCAGGCUUAAAACCUGCUUGUCACAUAAGCCAAACGCACAAAAUAGGCGUUUUAGCAACGCACAAUACCUUAAAAAGUCAUAAAUUUAAUACGUUACUGGCAAGCAUGCCACCUAAUAUUGAGUUUAUUUUACAAACAGGUUAUGGUCUGGUUGAUUUAAUUGAAGGUGGUCAAAUAGAAAGUACUGCUAUGCAAACGCUACUGCGUCAAUACCUCGACCCGAUGUUGAUUCAAGGCGUUGACACCCUCGUGCUGGGAUGUACACAUUACCCAUUUAUCGCAAAACAAAUUCGUACCUUAUACGGCAACCAAUUUCAACUCAUCGAUACAGGUCAAGCAGUCGCCCAGCAAGUCAAGCGACUGCUCAUCAGUAAUAAUUUACUGAACGUCAAUCAUACUAUAGGUAAACAACAAUUUUAUACGACAGGUUAUGCCCAAGAUUUAACGAAUUUUUUAUUUCAACAACUUCAUAUCAAACAAACUGCUCUAGAAACAAAUCUUGACGAUGAAAAUCGUCCCGUUGAUGAUGCCUUGAUCAAAGGGCGCGUACAAAAUGCAGUUCAUCUACGUGAACAAAUCAUCGAUCAAUCAAAAACCAAUGCUUAUAGGGUCAUUUUUGGCGAGGCCGAUGGUCUUCCGGGAUUUAUAGCCGAUCGUUAUGGUGACGUAUUGGUAUGCCAAAUCACCUCAGCUGGUGCUGAAAAAUGGCGUGAAUCAAUUUUUAAGGCACUCUUAAAAGCCACAAAUCUAACAACGCUUUAUGAAAGAAGUGAUGCCGCCAUUCGAGACCGAGAGGGAUUGCCAGCGCGUACAGGACUGGUCUGUGGAGAGCUCACUCAAACGAAAAAUAUCGAUCAAGUCAAUAUUGAAUGGGUAGACCAAGAUGUACUCAAACUAUUAAGAAUGUAUCGCGAACAAAAAAAACAGUUCGACAUCAUCAUUCUUGAUCCACCCAAAUUUGCACCUAGUCAAGUACAUCUGGAAAAAGCAGCAAGAGCCUAUAAAGAAAUUAACUUUGUUGCUAUGGGACUUCUCAAGCCAGGCGGUUAUUUGUGGACUUUUUCUUGCUCGGGUGCUAUGACACUUGAUCACUUUCGAUAUAUUGUCGCACAAAGUGCGCGUGAUGCUCAUAUCAUGGUGCAAGUCGUUAAAACACUCAGUGCAGGCAGUGACCAUCCUAGCUUACCGAACUUUUCUGAAGGCGAGUACCUCAAA